AAAAAAAAAAAGAAAACACAGAAGAAAAAAAAAGAAAUAAAAUCUGCACACAAUUCAUAUGAAGCUCUUGUGUUAUCCUCUCUAGCCUAAAACGAAGCAAACAGAAAACUGGAAACGGCGUCGUUUACUGAUGCUUUGAAUUCUGAAAUGCUAUAGCAACAAUCUUCGCUAAAGAAAAAUGGCCAUCGGCGGUUUGAUUUCGAACCGGAAUUUCGGUUCGUUUCUCGGUUCAGGAAAAUUAUGUCAGACAGAACAUGCCGUUUCAUGUCAGAGAGGAGAGCAUUUGGGUUUUGCUAUUGCUGUACCACGGCAUGGACAUGGGAAUAUGUUCUACAAACACAUUGGUAGUCUGAGGGCAAAUGGUGCUUUAUCUAGAUGCUCAUAUGGAACGUUUCUGCAUGCUCUUACUCCUUCGGAUGGGCAAGUUCUAAAGCCAAUAGGAACAUUGCAUGAUGAAUGGAAGCAGUCUCUUCCAUCUCCCUUGCAAACUAUUUGUAGAAGCAACUCUAGGCAAAGAAUCUAUGGACGGUAUCAAUGCUAUUGUUCUUCAGAUUCUGCUCAGAGCAUUAAGAUUAAAAGAAGAGGGCUGAAUACAUUUGGCAUAAAAACCAGGCUAUGUCAUAUUUCUGAGCCUGUUAAGUCAAACAGGACUUGUGCUUAUUACAAGUCUGAGGAGUAUGACAUAACAGAAGCGAAAGUGGACUCACUGACAUCAACAGAAACAUCAAGUGACGCUGUUUUAGUAGAAGGAAAUGUGGAGGAAGUAUCUCCUUGGUGGGAGCAGUUUCCCAAACGCUGGGUGAUUGUACUGCUCUGUUUUACAUCAUUUCUGUUGUGCAACAUGGACCGUGUGAACAUGAGCAUUGCAAUACUUCCAAUGUCAAAGGAGUUUAACUGGAACAGUGCAACAGUUGGCUUAAUUCAGUCCUCCUUUUUCUGGGGCUACCUACUUACUCAGAUUGUUGGAGGCAUAUGGGCAGAUAAAAUUGGUGGAAAGGUAGUAUUAGGUUUUGGGGUGGUCUGGUGGUCAAUAGCAACAAUUUUGACACCUAUUGCUGCAAGAGUGGGGCUUCCUUUUUUGCUUGUUGUGCGUGCUUUUAUGGGAAUCGGUGAGGGUGUUGCUAUGCCUGCUAUGAAUAAUAUACUUUCUAAGUGGAUUCCAGUGUCUGAGAGAAGUAGAGCACUUGCACUAGUAUACAGUGGCAUGUAUCUUGGUUCCGUCACAGGGUUGGCUGCCUCACCUCUUCUUAUCCAAAACUUUGGAUGGUCAUCUGUGUUUUACUCAUUUGGCUCUCUUGGAAGUAUUUGGUUUGCAUUAUGGCUAAGCAAAGCAUAUAGCUCACCAAAAGAAGAUCCAAAACUUAGUGUGGAGGAGAAAAGGUUUAUAUUGGGUGGCAAUGUGUCAAAGGAACCUGUUUCAGUCAUUCCUUGGAGAUUGAUUUUAUCAAAAGCACCUGUUUGGGCUCUUAUAAUCUCUCACUUCUGCCAUAAUUGGGGAACAUUUAUUCUAUUGACUUGGAUGCCUACUUACUACAAUCAGGUUUUAAAGUUCAACCUAACUGAAUCGGGACUGCUCUGUGUCUUGCCAUGGUUGACCAUGGCUGUAUUUGCAAAUAUAGGAGGCUGGAUUGCAGACACACUUGUGAGCAGAGGUCUUUCGAUAACAGCAGUUCGUAAGAUCAUGCAAUCGAUUGGGUUUUUGGGCCCAGCCUUCUUUCUUACACAGCUGAGCCAUGUGAAGACACCUGCUAUGGCUGUGCUAUGCAUGGCAUGCAGUCAGGGAUCCGAUGCAUUUUCACAAUCUGGUCUCUAUUCCAAUCACCAAGACAUUGGACCUCGCUAUUCUGGAGUUUUGUUGGGACUGUCAAACACGGCUGGAGUGCUUGCUGGUGUGUUUGGUACAGCUGCAACUGGUUACAUACUUCAACGAGGUUCUUGGGAUGAUGUAUUCAAGGUGGCUGUUGUGUUGUAUAUCAUAGGCACGCUGGUCUGGAACUUGUUUUCAACUGGAGAAAAAAUUCUUGAAUAGAAAAAUGUGAGAAUGGCAGGGAAAGAUGCAAUGGACAUAACUAUUGAGAUCGAUCAAGUUAUAAAGAGAUGGAAGAAACAUAAAAACCCAAGCAUUAGCAACACAUGCAAGGGCAAAACCCUGCUGGGCAAUCGAGGCUUAAGAUGCUGCCAUUCAAGUUUUUAUACCAACUUGUGAGGCCCUUAAUUUGCUCCAACAUCUUUUGGUUUUGACUUCAAAAUCCUUUUUACAGGUUCCAUUUUCUUUCAUUUCGUUUACAUGGUAUAAGGCAGAGAAUUUACGGGUAAUUUGCACCCACCAACCAAAUACAUUUCAUUGAAGGGGACCUACUAAUAACAACUCAAAAUUUUCGUGGAUGAAUCUACAUCAUUCUUAUUGUAUGCCUCCAAAGAACAGCAAUAUUAUCUCUACUUUCUAUCU